UUUACAGAUCUAAAAAGGCAGGUUUCCACUGUUCGGUGCGGAAGAGGAAUUUUCGCCCCCCCGAAAAAAGAAGAAGCUGUUCCUGUGGCGUCUCUCAGUCUAUUUUCAAGUGACUCGAACAAUUUUUGAGUUAAACAUGUGUAACGGCUGUGUGCAAAAAGAAUACCCGGACCGGGGGAACACCUGUCUGGAGAACGGCUCUUACCUGAUGAACUACCUGUGCUGCGCGAGCUGCCAUCAGAGGGACUUUGUGCUCAUCAGCAACAAAGCCACCGAGGAUGAGGACGGAGAGGAGAUCGUCACAUAUGACCAUGUUUGCAAGAACUGUGACCAUGUUGUGGCCAGGCAUGAAUAUACUUUCUCCGUUGUUGAUGAAUACCAGGAGUACACUAUGCUCUGCAUGCUGUGUGGAAAGGCGGAGGACUCAAUCAGCGUGUUGCCAGAUGACCCCAGACAGUCUGCACCUCUCUUCUAGAUCUCAAACCCGUUGGUCGAGAAUCAGUUCUUAGAUGAAGAUCACGGAUGUGUUUCUUGCAUCAGGGUUCCAACCCUUUUUAUCUUCCAUACAAGGUUUUAUGCAUUUCUUAAAUCAAAUACACAAUAAUUUAAGUCCUUCAGUGUUUAUAAACUAGUAUGUGUGGAUAUCAGAUGAGCAGCACCUAUAACGUUUUAUUAUAUUCCAGGGCGCAACAAAUAUUCUGUAUGUGAAUUGAAAAUUUACUGUAAAUAAAAAUGUCUUUAUCAGGAA